AAAGUUCAGACAACAUUCGGUGUUCGCAAUAAUUUUCUAAAAUUUCCUUUUUUCCCUCAUUCCCAUGAAAUUUUAAAACGGUAGCAGCGGACAAGCGUGUUUGUCUAAUCAAACACUUCCGCACUGGACAAAUUUAAGAUUCACUUUAAAACCAUCAAUAAUCUUGCCGUUCAGUAGUCAGUAACUGAAUUUCAGUUUAGUCAAUUCCUUUGAGCUGCUUUGAAAUGACGGGUGGACGACUCGUCGGGCCAGCGGUCAACCUGUACCUGAAACAAUACGGGUUGAAGAUAACUCAAAUCACAGCCUCUGGACCGAAGGGAUCCGUUUCCAAAGGGGACGUUUUGAAAUAUGUCAAGACCAAUAAACUCCAACCCCUUCCACAAGAUGCAGGCUCCAUUUCUGUCAAGAUCCCAAGUGCCAUGAAACCUCCACCUUCAGCAACACCUGGGAAAUUGGCAUCCGUUCCUAAGUUGAGGAGGGUGGGCCCAGCUGCGUUUCAUGAGGUUGAAAUUUCAAAUAUGCGAAAAACAAUUGCAAAACGUUUACUUCAAUCUAAGUCAACAAUUCCUCACGCAUACGGUAUCGCGGAGUGCAAUGUCAAAAAUUUAGUUGCAAUAAGGAAAAAAUUGAUAGCGGAGAAUAUGAAAGUUUCUGUGAACGAUAUUCUAAUCAAAUGUACGGCGAACGCUCUUUUGAAAGUUCCAGCUGUAAAUUGUGUCUGGGAAGGAGAUAAGUUAUCUGAAAAGAACGCUGUUGAUAUUGCUGUCGCAGUGGCAACUCCGAAUGGCUUAAUUACCCCCAUUGUUUUCAAUGUUGGAGAUAGAGAUGUUGUUAAAAUUUCGGAAAUGGUGAAAGUUUUAGCCGGAAAGGCUAAAAGUGGUAAACUACAACCAAAUGAAUUCAUGGGAGGAACAUUUAGCAUUUCAAAUCUUGGAAUGUUUGGAAUUCAUUCGUUUAGUGCAAUUAUAAAUCCACCUCAAUGUGCAAUUUUGGCAAUUGGUGGAAACAUCCUGUCGAUUGAUGAAAAUGGAAAACCAGCCACUCACGUGCAGCUAACCUUAUCGUACGAUGCUAGAGCAAUAUCAGAUCAAAACUCCGCUAAAUUCUUGGGAAACUUGAAACAUGAAAUUGAAAACUUGAGCGAAUUAUCAAUGGGAAUUUUCGACAUGAGAUUCAAAAAGGAAAUGUUAGAAUUAGACGCUGUUCUCAAUUAACGUGUCAACUAAAGUCAACCGUGCGUGAAUAGUAAAUUUCCAGUCAAAGUUGUUAAAUCAGGAACAAUUAAUCGAUACCAGUGCUUCAAUGAUAUUGCUGUGAUUGGUAAAAAAAGCUGUUUUAAUUCGUAAUGAACUAUACUUGUGUGUAGUAGUGACCCUUCCAAAACAGUUGAAUAAAAUACACAACUAGUAGUCGUCCACGAUA